AUGAGGCAAGCUGGAACGUAUUCGGGAUUAGUCUCUGCAAGUAUGUCAGGAAGAAUGGGGCCUCACUCAUUGCCGUUGGCUAGGAUCAAGAAAAUCAUGAAGAAAUCGAGUGAUGAUGUUAAGAUGAUUUCUGGGGAGGCUCCGAUUGUGUUUUCAAAGGCUUGUGAGCUCUUCAUUCAAGAGCUUACUAAAAGGUCUUGGAUGUUGACCAUGCAAGGAAAGAGAAGGACGCUGAACAAAGAGGAUGUUGCUUCAGCUGUCAUGGCUACUGAUAUCUUUGAUUUUCUUGUCAACUUGGUUUCUGAUGAGUCCAGUAUUGAUGAUCUUGCCGGAACCCCGUCGGAAGAAAUGGAAACAUUCCGAUCAUGA